GCAGACCUCGUGUGGACUUUAGACUGGAGACCACGCCCUUCUCUCCUUAUGUUGAUGUAUGUUUGGGUCAGAAGAAACUACAAAAUACUUAAGUCAUGGCUUGGAGUGACAAAGACAGAGCAGAACGUUUCUCUGAGGAGUUGUUGGAGUCUGAGAACGAUCGUCGUAUGAACAGUGUGGCCUCAAAGGUCGCCACUCUCAAACAUAUAGCGGUUGAUCUGAGAUCAGAAGCCAAAGACCAGAACACAAUACUGGGCAACAGUGGUGGACUGUUUGAUAGUGCGGCUCUGUUACUAGGCAAUAGCUACAAGAGAGUCCAGGGAAUGCGACGAACUAGAGGACAAAACUGUAAAUUCAUGUGCUAUUUCACUAUAUUUGUUGUUGUGUUUUUAAUUUUGGUCUAUUUCUUAAUUGGAAAGGUCAUAUCAUCAUAGAAUAUAUUAUACUCCGUCA